UGAGUUUUGACGUGACGAUCAUCAGCGAAAAACGACGACGAGCACGGUGGUUCCUUCACUUUUCCCCAUCGCAGUCCAUCAUGGCGGCUAUCGUAGGAAGAAUUUGUGGCUCCGGUUUGCUCAGCACCACAAAAAGUGGAGUUACCUUGCAGAAGGUACAAAAUUUCUCUACUAGCCGCGCCUGGACGAGAAGUCAAAAGCUUGCGACUGCUGCCGGUAUCGUUGCUGGCGGUGCCGGUGCGCUGCUGUACGCCCUAGAACAAUCGGUGGCCGCAUCCGGCACCGAAGUGCACCCCCCGGCGCAACCAUGGAGCCACCACGGUGUCUUUAACUCCCUAGAUCACGCCUCGGUACGACGAGGUUACGAAGUGUACAAGCAGGUGUGUGCCGCUUGUCACUCGAUGCAGUACAUCGCUUACCGUAACCUGGUUGGCGUGACGCAUACCGAGGCCGAGGCCAAGGCCGAAGCUGCCGAAAUUCAGGUUAAGGACGGUCCCGAUGAGUUCGGUAACUACUUUAUGCGACCGGGCAAACUGUCCGAUUAUUUCCCAAGUCCGUACCCGAACGAGGAGGCGGCACGUGCUGCCAACAACGGUGCUUAUCCACCGGAUCUGAGCUACAUUGCUCUGGCUCGUCACGGUGGCGAGGAUUAUCUGUUCGCUUUGCUGACCGGUUACUGCGACGCCCCAGCUGGCGUUGUUCUGCGUGAGGGCCAGUAUUACAAUCCAUACUUCCCCGGUGGUGCCAUCUCAAUGGCUCAAGCAUUGUACAACGAGUCCGCAGAAUAUACUGAUGGAACGGCUCCUACUGCCAGCCAGCUUGCGAAGGAUGUGUCCACCUUCCUGGUGUGGUCAGCUGAUCCGUGCCACGAUGAGCGCAAACGUAUGGGUAUCAAAUCGCUCGGAAUCAUUCUGGUGCUAGGCACGCUUGCCUAUUACAUCAAGCGACAUAAGUGGGCUGCCCUCAAGACCCGUAAAAUCAGCUACCAUCCCAAGAAGUAGAUGAAGAAAGUCACGUGUUAUCAAGUGUUGGGAUGUGGGAUACGUAAGACGACACGCGUGGAGAAGCAGCAUAUUUCAUAAAAACAUUAUGCCAGAAAGAAGCAAACUUGAUCUAGCCCGUGAGAGAGCGAGCCCCACAACAAUUGGAAGAAGAAAUGCAUUCGUUUUAUUAGACUAUCGCAAGUUCGAUUGCAAAUAGUAACACUAUCUUCGUACAUCUACCAACGUUUCAAUUACCAACUAAAAUCAAUAUUCUACUACCAUAAUAAAGCUGCUAGCAAAAUAUGAGUGUACAAUUGAGCGCAGAAAGUUUAAAUCAUCGGUCGAUUCGAAUUAAUAACCAAAAACACUGCUGGGGCAAGACCCUAACAUAUUUAGCAAAAGAACAGGGGCAAACAAGGAACGUUCUAAUAAAGGCAACCUGUUGUUAGUACGAGAAACAAAGAA